UUGUCAGGCUUGUUACAAUACAAUAUGCCUUACCAGAGCCUUGGCGAAGAAAGGCUCUGAGCUUCUACAAGCCAUACCCAAACCCUUUCUCUCACUUCACUUUCGGUUUGAACCUGACAUGGUAGCUUAUUGCCAGUGCAACUAUUCUGGUCUCUCUUCUGUUUCCAUGGAAGCCAUAGAGGCCGCACUUGGAGAUCAAAAACCCUGGACUGGAGAAGCUGCCUGUGUUUGGCGAAAUCGUGGGAAAUGCCCCCUCACUCCUAAAGAGACUGCUUUCAUCCUUCAAGCUCUUUCCAUCCCAAAAAACACAAACAUUUAUUUGGCGGCCGGAGAUGGUCUUAUGGAACUUGGAGGGCUAACCUUUGUUUACACUAAUUUUUUUACAAAAGCUACAUUUCUUAGUGGUGAGGACUUUACAAGCAUGCAUGGGAACACAAAAGCUGCACUGGAUUAUUAUGUAUCGAUCAACAGCGAUUCAUAUGUGGCCACAUAUUUUGGGAACAUGGAUAAGAUGGUUGCGGCAUUGCGGGCUUUCAAGGGGUUGUUUAAAGCUCUUUUCUUGAGCAGAAGGGCUUUUGCUGAGUUCACUUCUCAGGGCUUGGAGGGGAGGGAGUUGAUGGAAGCACUUUGGAAGGGGCAUAGAGAUGAUUUUUUGAUGGGAAGAGGUUCUGCUUUGCCCGAUUGCAUUUGUGAAUUCAAAUUAUGAGAGGUCAUGUUUCUGUUUUUUCAUAAAUUUUAAGCUUUGCAUUUUUGUUUUUUUGUACUAGUGAUGGGUGAAACAUGUAUAAUUUUCAAUUGUAGGAAGUGUCACCCCUGCAAUUUGUUCAUGCUAGUUCAAUAUUAUUCACUUUAUUGACUUUUUAACAUUUGUUUUACCCAAACGUUUUACUGUG